AUGUAUUUAUCAUCAUCAUCAUCAUCGAAUUCCGAUGAAGAAAAUGAUGUGCUUGAAGUUUUGAUAAACCUUCCUCGACCACGAUUAUACAGAGAUCGUUUUAAUCCUCUGGAGAACUAUGAUGAUUUAGAUUUCAAAAAUAGGUUCAGGUUAACAAAGAAUACCUUUAUGAUAUUAUUGAAUGUAAUUGGAAAAGAUAUAAAACAUGGUACUAAUAGGAGUUAUGCAAUAAAACCAGAAGUACAAUUAUUAAUAGCGUUGAGAUUCUAUUCAUUUCAAGUUGUUAUUGGUGAUCAUAUUCAAGUGCACAAGUCAUCGGUUUGCAGAAUUAUAAAACGCGUAUCAAAAUGUAUAGCUUGUCUUCGUCCUUUAUUCAUAAAUAUGCCCAAAACACAAGACGAAAUGAAAGAAGUUCAAAUUGGAUUUUAUCAACGUAGCCAAUUCCCUAAAGUAAUUGGUGCAAUUGAUUGCACACAUAUUAGAAUCCAGUCUCCUAACAGUAAUAUAGGAGAACAGUUCAGGAAUAGAAAAGGUUACUUUUCCUUUAAUGUUCAAGCUGUAUGUAAUAGCAAAAUGGAAAUUAUGAACAUUGUAGCUAGAUGGCCAGGGUCUGUACAUGAUAGUACUAUUUUUGAUAAUAGUUUAUUGCGUGCACAGUUCGAAAAUAAUGAAUUUAAAGGAUGUUUUCUGCUCGGAGAUGGUGGAUAUCCCUGCAGAAAAUAUUUGAUGACUCCGUUGUUAAAUCCUACCGCAGCUGCAGAAAAAAAGUAUCAAAAAUCUCAAAUUGGAACCGGAAAUGUAAUAGAAAGAGUUUUUGGUGUUUUGAAAAGGCAUUUUCCAGUUCUUUCUGUUGGAUUACGUAAUCAACCAAAAUCAGCAUUGACUACUAUUGUAGUGAUCGCCGUGCAGGACACGUUGAACACUAAUACAAUAAUACCUAUGAUUACCCAUGAUUACCCAUGA